AUGUGUGGAGCCACCCGUUUUCACCAUGUGUGGAAAAGGUUAAUCCUCGUGAAUGCGCAGAACACGUUGCUACAGAAAGGGUGGCGUGUCCACACCUGUUUUGGCCUCGAUCCACACGCUUCUGUGUGCUAUGACUGUGCAUCCCAGAAGAAGGGCUGUGGUGUGUGUAUUGGUGCUUCAGUGGAAUCUAACAAACCGAUUCCUGAAAAUGGUCUCAUAAAGUUCCACCAGGUGAGAAGAGUGAUGACCAUCCUUUUCCUUACUAUGGUUAUUUCAUACUUCGGUUGCAUGAAGGCUGCCCCCAUGAAAGAAGCCAACCUCCGAGCACAAGGCAGCUUGGCCUACCCAGGUGUGCGGACCCAUGGGACUCUGGAGAGCAUGAAUGGGCCCAAGGUGGGUUCAAGAGGCCUGACGUCCUCCUCGUCCUUGGCUGACACUUUUGAACACGUGAUUGAAGAGCUGUUGGACGAGGACCAGAAAGUUCGGCCCAGCGAGGAAAACAAUAAAGACGCGGACAUGUACACCUCCCGGGUGAUGCUCAGCAGUCAAGUGCCUUUGGAGCCCCCUCUCCUCUUCCUGCUGGAGGAAUACAAAAAUUACCUGGAUGCCGCGAACAUGUCCAUGAGGGUCCGGCGCCACUCGGACCCCGCCCGCCGUGGGGAGCUGAGCGUGUGUGACAGCAUCAGCGAGUGGGUGACCGCAGCGGAUAAAAAGACUGCCGUGGACAUGUCAGGCGGGACGGUCACGGUCCUUGAAAAGGUCCCCGUCUCGAAAGGCCAGCUGAAGCAGUACUUCUACGAGACCAAGUGCAAUCCCAUGGGUUACACCAAGGAGGGCUGCAGGGGCAUAGACAAGAGGCACUGGAAUUCCCAGUGCCGAACUACGCAGUCGUACGUGCGGGCCCUCACCAUGGAUAGCAAAAAGCGCAUUGGCUGGCGGUUCAUACGGAUAGACACUUCUUGUGUGUGUACACUGACCAUUAAGAGGGGAAGAUAGUGGCUUUAUGUUGUAUAGAUUAUAUGGAGACAAAAAUGAUCUAUUUGUAUAUAUACAUAACAGGGUAAAUUAUUCAGUUAAGAAAAAAAAAUAAUUUUAUGAACUGCAUGUAUAAAUGAAGUUUAUACAGUACAGUGGUUCUACAAUCUAUUUAUUGGACAUUUCCAUGACCAGAAGGGAAACAGUCAUUUUUUGCGCACAACUUUAAAAAGUCUGCUUUACAUUCCUCAAUGUUGUGGUUUGUUGCCGUUGCCAAGAAUUGAAAAACGUAAAAAAAAAAAAAAAAAAAAAAGUUUAAAAAAUACUACUAAUAAA